AUGCUCCAGGGCUACAGAACCCACAGUCAUGUUGCUCUUCCACAGAACACUCCAGAUAGAAUGACUCCCUCGAUCCUGACCUGGCUUAUGCUACUGCACUGCUCUUGCAUUUCAUCCACAUUCGGCUCCAGCAGUGAACAGUAUGCAAACCAGAGCAUCUGUCACAAGCGCAGAUUUCAGGAGCUGUCUUGCUCCUCUCUCAAUCUUUCAUCUGUUCCAAAUUACCUGGAAUCCGGACUUAAAAAACUUGAUCUGUCCAACAACUUUAUCCGAACUCUCAACGAGGAAUCCACAGCAACACUAAGAUCACUGCAGGAGCUGGAUUUAAGUUUCAACCGGUUAGAUCUAUUAACCCGGAGCGCUGGGAGAAACUUGGUACAGCUUCAAAGUCUUAAUCUUACAGGAAACAACCUGGAUAGGAACAGGAAAAGAAACAGUGCAGCCUUGCAAUCGCUGAAGAGCCUGAAAGUGCUGGAGCUGUCCCAGAACAAUCUGAACAGCGAUACCGCCGCUCUGUAUCUGAAGAACAUGUCCUCGCUGGAGCACCUUGGCUUAGCCAGAAACAAACUGACAAAACUUUCUUCAGAAUUAUUCCACCAAUCCCCCAACUUGGAGAGCAUCAGCCUUGAAGACAACAUCAUUGUGGAAAUCGACGAGGGAACCUUUGAGGGUCUGAAGAGACUCCGGGUGUUAAACCUGGCCUUCAACUCACUGCGCUGCAUCUCCGAUUUUCAACUGAAACAACUGCUUACCCUGAACCUCAGCAGAAACUCCAUUGAGUUCUUUGUGACGAGUGAAAAUGAAGACGUGUAUCUACUUGAAACUUUGGACCUUAGUUAUAACAGGCUGCUUUACUUUCCCCUGCUCCCCAAAAGGAGUGCUUUACAAUAUCUGUAUUUACAGAACAACGAAAUGGGUUCACUUACACUUGGAUCCGCAUUUUCAGAAGUAAGAACUCUGUACCAAGAAAUCACAAGAUUAGAUACUCCCAACAGCAAAACAGUCUUCAAGCUUUAUUCAAACACGACAUUUACAAACUUGGUUCACCUGGAUUUAAGCAACAAUCUAUUCACGUCCUUCCCGUUUCACUUUUUACACGACCUGAUUGCUCUUCAGCACCUUAACCUCAGCGACAACUGCCUUCAGAACUUCACUUUGGAAGAAAGUGCUGCAGAAACCCAAGUGACACCUGAGCGACCAUCUCCACUAUUUCAGAAGCACAUUCUUCUCCCAUCCAUGAGGACACUGGAUCUGCACAGCAAUCUAAUCCACUAUCUGCCCCCUUGGUUCUUUGAGCUCCUACCCCAGAUAGAACGAGUAAAUCUAGGGAAAAACAGCUUGCAACCCUGUGCAAUCUCCCAUGCUUUUGCAAGCAAUGGUCCUGCAUUGCAAAACGUGAGCCAUAAUGGUGACUGUGUGGACUUUUCUGGUUUAGGAACUCUGAAGCACCUGGAUCUGCAUGAAAAUAACAUUGCAGUGCUGUUCCCUCACGUGUUUCACGGAACUCCUUUGGUUUCUCUUGACCUCGCUGGUAAUACACACCUUAGGAUAGCUGCUAAGGCUCUUGACAGCCUGGCAUCCACACUGCAGGAGCUGUCCGUCAGUGGCAACCUGAUGAUAAACUCCGAUUUACCUCUGCCUUGUCUGAAAGAGUUAAGAAGGCUGGACUUGUCCAACAACCUCCUAGGCGCUCUACCUCCGCAAAUCAGAUGCUCCCCACUGGUGGAGAUCGAUGUUCGGAACAACUCCUUGACCGGGCUAGAUGUGCCGGCGGUCACCUGCUGGUCUAGAAGUCUUCAGACCAUCCAGCUAAGCAGAAACUCUUUCAGUUGUUGCACUCUAGAUUGGCUGAGGAUCAUGCAGGAAUCUAAGGUGGACAUCGACGAUCUGGAGGACGCUGUGUGUUUCUAUCAGCAGAAUUACACGCUUGCAGUAGCUUUAACAAGGGACCAUUCACAAGAGUGUCCGCAUGGGGCGGCAGCAGAAACGACAUUCCUACUAGGCUUACUAAUCGUAGCCGUUCUGCUUAUAACAGCUGCUGUGGUUAUUGGUAAAUUAAAGUACCAGAAACCAGGGACUUCUGUCGAACUUAAGAGUAACAAAGUGGCGUCUUUUGAAUAUACUCAAGACAUCGACUGUGGUCCUAAGGUGGCUAAACUCAAUUUAUUUGAAACUGAGACUUAAAAAGCUAGCUCAUUCUGGUUGUCUUUUUUGUAACAUAUGUUUAGGCAGAUAAUGAGUUAACAAGUUUCUUCACUUGAAUAUUUAUACAAGAGCAAUAUAAACAGGAGUGAACAAUGUAUACCUAUAUUUUAUUUUUCACUCACAAAGUAUAAUAUUUGAUUAUUUACAAAGCUCUCUCUGAAACACUACCUCUUAUGCAUAAAGCCUUACUUCUUUCUCUGCAAUUGUUAUUGUGUGUACCUCUUCACAGCAGACAGAUACUAGUGCUAGAACACAAGCAGAAGCCCUGUAUUCUAUAUAUCUUAGGAAAGCUUUGUAGAAUAAGUGUGAACAGCUCAAACCUAAAUAGAAUGAGCAAAGUCACAUUUCAGUCUUUUUUUUUGGGGGGGGGGGGGGUACUGUACCCUAUACUUUAAAAUUCAGUAGAAACUGAAAACAUCUCAACUGAAAAUGUUGUCACAUGUGCGCAUCACACCGAAGUGACUUUGAUCAUUGACUAGCUUUAUUUCGUUUUGUUGGCAAGUAAUCAAUACAUCAAUGCUUAGAUACUCACACAAUCUCCCUACUAAUCACCCACAUUACCACUUCGUUUCCCCUUUAUAAUCUGUGCAGUGGAAUUGAUGUGUAUGUUCCUGGCCAGUUUCAAAGGUGGGGAGCUGUGAAGGAUGUGUGAUAUUUCCUAUAUAAAACAGGGGAAAUAUUAUAUUUGCAUUUGAAAUUGUCUACUACUAUUAUUUUCUUCUUUAUUCUAAUGUUAUUUAUGUGAUGUAUCCAUUUAUAUACAAAUACGUAUUUAUUUAUUUAUAAUAUGAUGUUGUUAUGGUGAUUUUUUUUUAUACUAUUUGGUAAUAAAGAAUAUAUAAUUUAAA